UUUGUCAGUGGCUUCUAGCUAGCUGAAUAAUUAAUUCAACACAAUUUAAUUUAAUUUUAUAUCAAAAUUAUUGCACAUUUCUUAGCUGGAAAGUUAUCAAUGUAAACCUAUUUAAAAGGACGGGAACAGAAUGUCUACCAAAAUCGGUUUUGACGAGUUACGAGUGAAAUACAAGGAUGUGUUGUCGAAAGCAUUCUCAACAAACAAUAUUGACCUCCUUGAUUCUUUUUCAAAGAAAGCAAGUGAAACUGAUAGAAAAGCAGCAAUGGAUCAAGCGUUUCGGGACAAACUGCUUGAAUUGCUUGUCGAAGAUUCAGCAACACUUGAAAAUUACGUCAAUUUCUGUAUUGAAUCAUGUCGGCGUCAGAUGGUUACGCCAACUAUGCCUGUUGUUCUAUUAGGGGAUAUCUUUGACGCCCUUACCUUGAAUAAAUGCGAACAAAUGUUUACCUACGUCGAAAGCGGAGUAACUACCUGGCGAGAAGAGCUGUUCUUUGGCGCAUGUAAAAAUAAUUUGUUGAGAAUGUGCAAUGAUUUAUUAAGAAGAUUAUCUCGGUCACAAAACACAGUGUUUUGUGGGAGAAUAUUAUUGUUUUUGGCAAAGUUCUUUCCAUUUUCGGAACGCUCUGGGCUGAAUAUUGUGUCUGAGUUUAAUCUGGAGAAUAUAACAGAGUUUGGUGGUGAUAAUUCAAGCACUUUAAAGGAUGCACUGGAUGAAGAUAUGGUGAUAGAUGAUGAUAAGAACAAACUAACUAUAGACUAUAAUUUAUACUGUAGGUUCUGGAGCUUGCAAGAAUUCUUUAGAAACCCAAACACUUGUUACAAUAAAAUACAGUGGAAAACCUUUGUUGCACAUUCCGGAAGCGUUUUAUCUGCAUUCUCUUCCUACAAAUUAGAAGCAAUAGAGCUGCAAAAAUCGAAAUUGAACAGAUUGAAAGCAAUCAAUACAGAUGUAGAAAUGAAAGAGAGUAAAGAACAACAUUAUUUUGCCAAGUUCCUGACGAAUCAAAAACUAUUGGAGUUACAGUUGUCCGACUCCAAUUUUAGAAGAUGUGUUCUCAUACAGUUCCUGAUUUUAUUCCAAUAUUUAACUUCUAGUGUUAAGUUUAAAUUAGAAUCUCAAGAACUGAAAACUGAUCAAACAGAAUGGGUGCAAGAAACAAUAAAUUUAGUUUACAAAUUGCUCAGUGAAACUCCACCUGAUGGUAAAUGUUUUGUGGAGUGUGUUAAGAGUAUUUUGAAGAGGGAGGAACAUUGGAAUAGCUGGAAAAAUGAUGGCUGUCCAGAAUUCCAAAAACCAAAACCACCUGUCCAAUCAGAAUCCACAGAAGAAGUAAGAAGAGUAAGAAAACGUAGGAGACCAGUCGGCGAUAUUAUUAAAGAGUAUGAAAGUCAAAAGAAACAUUUCAUGGGAAAUACUGAGUUAACUAAACUAUGGAACCUGUGUCCAGAUAACCUUGCAGCUUGUCGAACUAAAGAGAGAGAUUUCAUGCCAUCUCUGGAGUCGUACAUGCUGUCGGGUGGGGCCGAGGGCGCGGAGGCGGGGCGCGCGGCGGGGUGGGGGUGGCGCGCGCUGCGGCUGCUGGCGCGCCGCUCGCCGCACUUCUUCGUGCACACCAACAACCCCAUCGGACGCCUGCCUGACUAUCUCGAUGAUAUGGUAAAACGGAUCUCGCGUGAAGUCGCUGCGAAUGCAGCUGCGAGUAACUCGAAUGGAGAUGCUAAUAUAAACAGCGAUAAAAACAUUAAACAGGAGUCACACGAUGAAGACAUAACUGAAGAACAAAUUGAGGCAGACCUCAUAAAAGAAGGAGAUGCAAAUGAUAUUGAGCAGGUACCAGAUUCGACGCAUGUGACCGACGAUGACGACAAAACAGAACGCGCCCGCCUGACCAUGAUAACGGAAACGCAGUUGGACGCGGUGGCCAAAAAAUUAACCGACUGGAAGAAACUGGCCGUCAAACUGGACUAUAAACAGGAUGAGAUAGAGUACUUCGAGACAGAGAACGCUACGGAUGAAGCCAGAGCGAAGAACAUGCUCAAAUUGUGGUUCGAUGAUGAUGAGGAUGCGUCUGUCGAGAAUUUGCUCUAUAUCAUGGAAGGCUUGGAGCUGGUUGAAGCAUGCGAGGCUCUGAAGAGCACAAAAUGACGUUGGAAGAUGAGGGGUGUGAAGUACCAGUCAAAGUAAUUUGGACUCUAUUUGUAUGACUAUAGGGCUGUGUUUGGAACUUUUGUAUUUGUGAACUUUGAAUGCAUUUGCGGUGUCUAUAUAGUGAAGUUGAUAGUUUCAAUUAUUUUUAAUUGUUAUGAUAGGAAACAGACGUAUCAUGGAUUUAAAAUGUAACAAAUAAGAGUAAAGUAAGAUCUUAUUGUGAUCGUAAAAACAUUGUAUCAUAUUUGAUUCAAUGAUUGCAUAAUUGUGGGUACCAAAUGAUUGCUGCGUCAAAACAUAAUAACAUUAAACUUAAUUAAUUAACAUAAUAAAAUAUUUAGGCAUAUACCUUGGAGGAGCAUUGUCAAACAUAUUGAAUGCAUCGACAUUUCACCGCAUUUAAAAUUCGUAAAAGGAUCAAAAAAUUCUAAUUUAUUAUCAACCGACUUCAAAAAGAAGGUAAUUGAUAACUUUCUUCAACUGUAUUUUUUUUGUUUAUUUACCUCAUAACCUAUUACACCAAUAAAUGAUGAUGAUAAUUGGAUGAACAGAUUUGUACUAUUUUUUUAUAGUGGCAACAUAAUGUCUGAAAAUUUUGUCUGUUCCGGUUCAUGAAAUACUGCUUGCUGAAUACGGACAGACAAAAUAGACGGACAUCGAAAUAUUUGUAAGUCCUUUUCACCUUUAGGUUACCUAUACCACCACUUCCACCACGGCAGUCGUUAUUUAAGUCAUAAUAACUUUCAUUAGUUGAAAUGAAAUGAAACGAAUAUCCACUAAGUUAUCUACAUCGAAAGCGAAGCGAAGCGACUCAAUCGAAAAAAUAUCCAUAUAUAAUGUCAAAUGUCAAAUUGCAAUAUUGUUACAUACUGGUAAUAUUUAAGGUUUAAUUUUAUUUUGAUUGGUACAAUUUAUAAGACUUAUUAAGAUUUUGAAUAAAUAAUU